AUCUGUCGUCGUCUUCCUCAGGAUUUCCAAUGAAUGAAGAGAAGGAAGAAAUGAUAUUACCUGUCAAGUUUAUAAUGAACAAAGACAAAACCAAGGUACUAUUUGCAGAAGCCGGCCACGAUUUCACAUACGCUUUAUUAUGCUUCCUAGUUUUGCCAUUGGGGACGAUCGUGAAGAUCUUGAAGAAGCACCAUGGAGACGGGAAGGCGCCCAUUAUAGGAAGCUUGAGCACUUUGUACAACGGCUUAGCUAAUCUCGACACCUUCCAUUUCUCAACUGAGGAUGCUAAGAACUUGCUGCUUAAUCCAAAAGGCCUUGAUGCAGCCGAGCAUCCUCGAUUUGAUCGGGCCUUCACUAAAACUAGAGCUUCCUUCAUCGUCGGUGUUCUUGGAGGAUCAGAUGCCAUUCCUGAAAGAUAAGCUGGACUCCAAUGAAGAUGAGGGUGAUUUCUUCAAGGUGGAGCCUGUGGGGGUUGGCCUAGGAGCAGGUGGAGUU